AUGUCUUUUGCCUGUCUGCGAGGCACCCGCCGGGCCCUCGGUGGCAUUGCGCGGCCAGUGCUUAAGCCUGCCGGGGCUCUGCCAUGUGCGGCUCGGAGGACCAAGGCCUCCUUGGCUCAAGACGGCCAGCAGCAGAGAGGCGUCAAGGAGAAAAAACGGCAGAAGCAUUUCAUCAACCUGAUUCCCUCCGAGAACUUUACUUCACAGGCUGUUCUCGAUGCGCUCGGCAGCGUCAUGCAGAAUAAGUACUCCGAGGGCUACCCUGGCGCCCGGUACUACGGCGGCAACGAGUUCAUUGACAAGUCUGAGCGUCUCUGCCAACGGCGUGCCCUCGAGCUGUUCGGCCUCGACGCCAAGAACUGGGGCGUCAACGUUCAGGCUCUCUCCGGUGCGCCCGCUAACCUGUACGUGUACUCGGCCUUGAUGAACACGCACGACCGACUCAUGGGUCUCGACCUGCCUCACGGCGGCCAUCUGUCGCAUGGAUACCAAACACCGACCAAAAAGAUCUCCUUCAUCUCAAAGUACUUUGAGACGCUGCCCUACCGCCUAGACGAGUCCACUGGUCUCAUCGACUACGACAAGCUUGAGGAGAUGGCCCUCCUGUACCGCCCCAAAAUCAUCGUGGCCGGUGCCAGCGCCUACAGUCGCUUGAUCGACUACAAGCGCAUGCGCGACAUUUGCGACAAGGCCAACGCCUACCUGCUGGCUGACAUGGCUCACAUCUCGGGCCUCGUCGCCGCCAAGGUCUUGCCGAGCCCCUUUUCUCACGCCGACAUCGUCACCACCACCAGCCACAAGAGCCUGCGCGGGCCGCGAGGGGCCCUGAUUUUCUUCCGGAAAGGCGUCCGCAGGCAGAACGCCAAGACCAGACAAGACGAGAUGUAUGACCUCGAGGGCCCCAUCAACUCGUCCGUCUUCCCUGGCCACCAGGGCGGGCCCCACAACCAUACCAUCACAGCGCUUGCCGUGGCUCUCAAACAGGCCCAGUCUCCAGACUUUCACGCCUACCAGGGCCAGAUUCUCUCCAACGCAAAGGCCUUUGCCAAGCGCCUGGGCGAAGCAAAGGGCAACGGCGGCCUGGGCUACAGCAUCGUCUCGGGCGGCACCGACAACCACCUGGUCUUGGUCGACCUCAAGCCCAACGGCAUCGACGGCGGCCGGGUCGAGCGCGUCCUGGAGCUUGUCGGCGUCGCUGCCAACAAGAACACGGUGCCCGGCGACAAGUCGGCCCUAGUACCGGGCGGGCUCCGCAUGGGCACCCCCGCCAUGACGACGCGCGGCUUCGGCGAGGACGACUUUGUCCGCGUCGCCGACGUCGUCGACCGCGCCGUCGCCAUCACCCUGCGCGUCGCCAAGGCGGCGAGGGACGCGGCCAGGGACAGGGGCGAGUCGAACCCCGGAAAGCUCAAACUGUUCAUGGAACAUCUCGGCAACGGCGACAAUGAACCCGAGAUUGUGCAGCUGCGGAGCGAGGUCGAGGACUGGGUCGGCACGUAUCCAUUGCCGUGGGACUCUCAAUGA